AUGGUGAAUUCAGUGAGUUCAAUUUUCUUACUUUCAGAUGGUCAAGAUGAUGGUGCUGAUAUCAAAAUAAAAAAUCUCUUGAAAACAACCUACUAAUAGCUACAGGAAGAGAGUUUCACUAUUCACUCAUUUGGUUUCGGUAAUGAUCAUGAUGGUCCUCUUAUGUAAAAAAUAGCUUAAAUUAAAGAUGGUAGCUUCUAUUUUGUAGAAAAAAAUGAUUAAGUUGAUGAAUUUUUCAUCGAUGCGCUUGGUGGUUUGUUCUCAGUUGUAGCCUAAGACCUCACUAUUAAAAUUGAAAUUAACAGAUAAAAUGAAUUAUUUCAAAAAUUCUUCAAAAACUCUUAUAUCUCAAAGACUUAUGGUCAUAUGUGGAAGAUUAUUAAUCAAAACUAAGAAUUAAGGAUUAAUAUUAACUAAAUUUUCUCAGGAGUUUCUAAAGAUUUCAUUUUUGAAUUGACUGUUCCAAAAUCUGAGAUUAAAGAUUUAUAAGAUUUUGAAAGAAAUUUAGAGACAAUAAAUGUUUAAUUGACUGCACGCCCUGUUGAUUCAAUGUUACAAACAUUAAAAGAGAGUAAAUUAGUUUUGACUCUGUUUACAGAUAAUGAAUAAAGUAAAGGCAGCUUAAGCUAUAGAAGAAGCCAUCAAAUAUGCUGA